GGUCUUAAAAAAAAAAAGAGAGCAAAAGAUAACAGUCCAAAAACCCACCGCGACAUGCAGCCACAGGCAACACUCAUUCAAGCAAGAGCUCGUCUGCUGUGAUUCCUAGGCGACCCGUGAAGGAUUACUUUACAUUUUUGAACUGUUUGAACUCUCCUUUUGGCUCUCUGCUUCCACUUUUUGUGUUGAGGAUGUCGGUAGCAGGCUUGAAGAAGCAGUUUCAUAAAGCCAGUCAGUUAUUGAGUGAGAAGAUAAGUGGUGCUGAAGGAACGAAGCUAGAUGAGGACUUUAUGGAGAUGGAGCGGAAAAUUGAUGUCACCAACAAGUCUGUUUUUGAGCUUCUAACCAAAACCACAGAAUACCUCCAGCCAAACCCCGCAUCGCGAGCCAAGCUGGGGAUGCUGAAUACCAUGUCUAAGAUCAGAGGGCAAGUGAAGACAACAGGCUACCCACAGACAGAGGGGCUUCUGGGGGACUGCAUGCUGAAAUACGGCCGGGAGCUCGGGGACGACUCCGCAUUUGGUUACGCUCUGGUGGACGUUGGAGAAGCUAUGAAACAGAUGGCCGAAGUUAAGGACUCCCUUGAUAUCAGCGUGAAGCAGAACUUUAUUGAUCCACUGCAGACCCUGCAGGACAAGGACCUGAAAGAGAUUGGGCAUCAUCUGAAGAAGCUGGAGGGACGGCGGUUAGAUUUCGACUACAAGAAGAAGCGCCAGGGGAAGAUUCCCGAGGAGGAGAUCAAACAGGCUGUGGAGAAGUUUGAGGAGUCCAAAGAGCUCGCAGAGAGGAGCAUGUUCAACUUCUUAGAAAAUGAUGUGGAGCAGGUGAGCCAGUUAGCGGCUCUGAUCGAGGCCGCGCUUGAGUAUCACCGUCAGUCCUCGGAAAUCCUGGAGGAUCUCAACAGCAAACUGCAGAACAGGAUAGCCUCAGCCAGUAGCCGGCCUAAGAAAGAGUUCAAGCCAAAGUCCAUCAUGUCCAGCCUGGAGGCCCUCGAUGUCACUCAACAGAACGGCCUCUCCUACAGUUCCUCUCUGAAGUCCUCAGAUAUCCAAGUCAACCACAGUGUAAAUGGAAAAACUGAUCACGUUAGCUACACCCCCCCCAUGACUCACACGUGGUCUGAAAGCCCCCAAGACAGUCAGACGGAGCUGCACAUGGACCAGCCGUGCUGCCGCUCACUCUACGACUUCGAGCCAGAGAACGAGGGAGAGCUCGGCUUCAAAGAGGGCGACAUCAUCAUCCUCACCAACCAGAUCGACGAGAACUGGUAUGAGGGGAUGAUCAACGGAGAGUCAGGCUUCUUCCCCAUCAACUACGUGGAGGUCCUAGUGCCCCUCCCCCAAUGAGGCCAAUGACUCUACCCAGAAACAUUUCCCCGCCGCAUUCUUCUCCAUGGAAGUGCUGCGUUUUACCACAGACAGUUUGUUUUCCAGUAUUUAUUUCUUUCUCUCGUUUCGGUUUCCACGGUUGGUGGUAUGCAGUAACCUGUGUUGGCUUCUGAUUUUAGCCCCUGGCUUUUGCUCUUUGGUUGUUCCUGAAAACGUGUUGCAUCCAGUAGGGUGGCUGCAUUCGUCUCUUAGGGGUUUUUUCUGCUCUGAUGUGGUUUAUCAGUUUAUCUGCCUGCGGUGGUCUUAUGUGUUGCUGAAACACAUUUUUUAUGGACUGUGAGUAUCUCUACUGCUACUCAUAUGAAUGUUUAUCUCCUCUAGUACUUAACCUCUCUCUCUUUCUCUCUCGCUCACUCUCGAUUUCUCUCUCUUUGUCUCUAUCUGUUGCCCUGUUGGAGCUGGGUGAGUUUUACUUGCAGAAGUAAGUGAUUAACAACAACAUUGGCGAUGGGUAGAGCUUUAAUCGGGCCUGAUAUUUUGGUCUCAACCUAAAGGUAGCCCGAGAACAUUCAACCGAAAGCACUGUUUUGAAUUUAAACUCGACAUAAUUCUGUCUAAUCCUGACCUGAACUCAACCACCAUCCAAAGCUGAUCUAUAUUCCACUUUAAUUAAUACUAAAUGUCCAGUGGAGCUGUGCAUUACUGUUUUUUACUUUUUAAUGAGUAUUGGGCUGUGGAGCAGUGGAACUGUGUUCUCUGGAGUGAUAGAGUUCCAUUCAAAACCUUUUGGAUGAUUUGGAGUGAUCCAGAACUGACCAUCCAACAUUACAGUACCUGGCCUCACUAACGCUCAGUCAAAUCCUCACAGCAAUGUUCCAACAUCUAGUGUAAAGUCUGCCCAGCAGAGUAGAGGCUGUUACUGCAGUAAAGGGGUCAAACUCCUUUUAACUACUCUUGAUUUUGGAAGAAACACUGGAUAAGCAGGCGUCCACAAACUUUUGGCCAUAUAGUGUAUAUAUGCUCCCGGAAAACAUCCCAGAAGUCACAUACACUAGUGUUCAAAAGUUUAGAAUAUGUGCUUGAACUUUUGUUGCAGAUAAAUAUACAAAAACAUUCUGAUAUGCUCACUUUGUGCAACUUCAUAUUUCAAAUCAUUAAGAAGCUGAAGGGGAACGUUUGUAUUGUCCAGAAAGAACAUUAAACAGUAAAAUUUCAAUGAAUGAAUUAUCCAGAAUGUCCUGUGUUUCUAGUGGUGGUUAAAUCUCAAGACCAAUAGCUUGACCUAAACAAAUAAAUACUUAGUGUAUAUUAUUUAUCAUUGAAUAAUUUUAUGUUGUUCCUAACUUGAAAUUCUAAAUGCUGAAUAAAACAUUUCAUUCAAUAUUUCAAGUUGGACACAAAAGGAAAUUAUUCAUUUACUAAUUUAUAAUGUUUACAUUUACACUGUACAGGUAACUGUACUGUACAUAACAUAUAUGGGUCCGAACCCAAACAAAACCUAUUUCAGGCUCUAUUUCACACUAACAGAAUGAAAACAAAAUGAAAUUAUUAUUAUUAUUUUUUUAGAAUUUUUGCAUUAUUCAAUAUAUCAGAUGCAAACAGUCAUUCAGAGUGGUUUGGUUUAAAAUGGUUCAGAUUUCUUUACAGUGGUGGUGAUAGGAACCAGGGGUCACCAUGACUACAACACAAAUAUAGACAUUUUAAUUUACUACUAUUUAUGGGGACUAUUUUGCCUCACAAUGCCCUGCAUGUAUCCUUCCACCAUGAAAAAUACAUUUUAAACAAAAACUUGCUUAAAACAAUGUUACAGGCAUCAAGCGAUAGACUUGUAAACAUUUCGUGCAAUAACUUUCUGUGAGGGGGCUUUUGGAGGUCAGACGUCUGGUUCCUACCACCACCACUGUGAUUAGUUCUGAGUCUAGAACAGAGGAUUCAGGCCUCUCUGAAUGACUUUGUUUACAUCUUAACCACAUAAUUAUGCAGAGCUUUUGGGAAAUCGGUGGAAUUCCAAUUUAAAGAUGCAGCUCCAAUAGUGCUACACUCUCUCUCUCUCUCUCUCUCUCUCUCUCUCUCUCUCUCUCUCUCUCUCUCUCUAAAUGUCUCUGUUUACAUGUGACUUAUUGUGAUUAUAGGAAAUCAUAGUAGCAGUCACAGUGUUGUAUUGGAUCGGGUGGAGACCGAAAUACUCUCACUCCCUCAAGUGCUUUUUUUUUUAUUAUUGUUAGUAUUAUUUUUAUUUUGAGACAGUGGUUGUAUUGCACUAAAGCUUUAGAAUCCACACCCAUUCACACAGCACAUGGACGUUUUCUGUUUUUUGUCUAUGGAACAUUGCACUUUCUACUGUAACUCUCAGCCAUAUAUUUAGUACAAAUUUAUCAUGGGUCUUAUCUGUAAGGCUUUGUUCAGACUGCAGGCGAAUCAGAUUCGUUUCCACUCAAAUCAGAUCUUUUGAGGUGACUGUCCACACUAUUAUUUGCGAGUGAUAAGAUCGGAUUUGUGUGUCCAGACAUCACCUGCCGAUCUGCAUGGGUUGCCGUGGUAACGAUGUAGGCGUCAGUUACUACAUAGCUACACUGGUGACGUGGAUUUCAAAUGCGGAUGCUGGAGAGAUGGAGGUGCAUCAUCUCGCACUCUAAACUCUUCAGAAUUCUCUGGAAUAAGCAUGAAUCUUUGGCGCUCUUCUUGAGUCUCAGCACUUCCAUCACUCUUGAUUUGACAUUGUCAAAAGACACUUUAAAAUCCGAUUUGAUCGUCCAGAGCGUCCAGACUCAGCAUUUCAAACCAACUUCCAAAUGUGGUUUGGGUCGAUUUGCAAAAAUGGGAUUUAAUGUGGUUUUUAGCUGUCCAGACUAUCAAACGUCACUCUGGAUACAAUCUGGAUAUGCCAAAAAUGGGAUUUCAUGUGCUUUUUAGCUGUCCAGACUAUCAAAAAAUGGGAUUUCAUGUGGUUUUUAGCUGUCUAGACUAUGAAACAUCGACCUGGGUAUGCCAAAAAUUGCAUUUCAUGUGGUUUUUAGCCAUCCAGAUUAUCGAAUGUCAAUCUGGAUACAAUCUGGAUAUGUCAGAAAUAGGAUUUUACGUGGUUUUAGCUGUCCAGACUAUCGAAUGUCAGUCUGGAUACAAUCUGUAUAUGCUAGAAAUUGGAUUUCAUGUGCUUUUUAGUCAUCCAGACUAUCAAACAUCAAUCUGGAUACAAUCUGGAUAUGCCAAAAAAUUGGAUUUCAUGUGCUUUUUAGCUGUCCAGACUAUCGAACAUCAAUCUGGAUACAAUCUGGAUAUGCCAAAAAAUUGGAUUUCAUGUGCUUUUUAGCUGUCCAGACUAUCGAACAUCAAUCUGGAUACAAUCUGGAUAUGCCAAAAAAAAUCAGAUUUGGGCUGGCAGUCUGAACACGGCCUUAGAAUCAACUUUAUGUGUACAGAGAGAGAGACUUUUAUCGCUAUGACUCAUAUUUUGGACUGUAUGUGAUGAAAAACUACUUGCUUGUAAUUAACGUUUGCCCAGUAUCGUACUCUGAAUGAAGUUACAAAAUCUGAAUGAAAUAUUCUUCGUUGUAUGUUCUCGGUAGACGAGUCCUGUGCAUAUCAGACUUCUUUUAUAAACUGACAGAACGUGUAUUGUCUAAUCGGAGUGUCCUAAUAUUACCAAAACAAAGGUAUAUCAUAUGCCACUAUGCCAUACUCUGUACCCUGUCUUUGUUUUGUUGAGCUGCUUGCUUCCUCUGUGUGUUUUAUUUCGUCUGCUAUGCAGAGACACUGCAGUUUCGCAUGACUUUGAUCUUUUUAAAGUCAUUCCCUUUUAUCUACUUUGCUGUUUUUCUGUCGUCGUUGCUCCUGCUGGUCGAAUGAGUGAUUAUUAGAAGUGAUAAAGGAGAGAAGAGCCUUAUUUACAGUAUUAAUCAGUUCAGACAUCAAAUAGAUCUGAUCCAGAAUGAACCCUUUGUGCUCAGGAUACGUCUGCUUUCCAGGAAACCCUCUAUUAACUAGUGGAAUAUUAAAGGACUCCAACGUUUUUCAGCUUAACCUCUAUGUGCUGCAUCUGUAGUGCACGGUUGAUUACCAUGAACAGUUAUUCAUGUGUCAUGUAUUCAUGUGUGCAUGUCUUCAAUUCAAAACUCAUGUAUAAUCGAAGUCAGUAGGCAGUUGCUGAAUUGUAUUUCUGUGUUUGUUAAUUAAGCAGUAAAUCUGUACAAGUGGUUCAGAGAUGGGACUAGUUUUCCAGAGGGAAGAAUUUGUGGUCAUUCCUGAUCAUUAUAGAACCCAGAAAACUUUAUAGAAAGUACACUAAAAAAAGAUGGUUCUUUAAAGGUUCUUUGUUGAAGGCAGUGGUUCAAUAUAGAACUAUAGAAACUAUUCUCAAAGAACUAUUGGCAUGUUUAAAUGUUUCUUAGCAUGCUGAAAUGGUUCUUGAGAUUGGUGAAGAAUGUGUUGUGUAUGGUUCUGUAUAGCACCAAAAAGGGUUCUGCUACUGUUACGAUGUCUAGCUUGUAACAAUAGGCCAAACCUUUUUAGUUUUAAAAAGGUUCUAUAUAGAAUCAUAUACAGCUCAUUCUUCAUUUAUUUGAAGAACUAUGAGUGUUCCUGGCUCUACAUACAGCCAUUGUCUUUACUAAAACGUGUUGAAGAACCAUCUUUUUUCUGAGUGCAACUAGGAACCACUUUUCUGCCACACUGUUGAAACAAAACCUUGUAUCUCCAUUUUUGUCGUUUUUCAGUUUUUGACAUUUAAAAAUGCCUGUUGCUCUUUACAUUGUGUGAACAUUUCAUGAUGAUUGAACCAAAAGACAUGGCCCGGAAUUACUUGGGGAAAAAAGUCUGGUUCCAUUGAUCUACAUUAAAAGUAGAGUAAGUUUUUUCCUUCUCCUGUAAAAGUUAUAAUUUUGGAAAUAUGAGCUUUUGUUCUGACAACAGCGUCCAUGGUGACAGAGACAGUUGGUCAUCUAAGACGAUGAAUUCAGUUUUUUUUUUUUUUAGUAAUUCUUUUACACUUUGGCUUUUGUUGUGAUUUUUUUUUUUGCAUUUUAUAAACUGAGUGUACAGAUGGCGUCGGCCUGUCUUUUGCGUAUCGAGUUGAGUUUUCAGACCUGAAGUUCUUGAGUGAACACAGAUUUAAAAUCUUGUGUCAAAGGUUCCUCAGAGAUGAAGUACUUACAGGCAGCUGAUUUGUUCACUGUUGAUCUGCUGCUCAAACUGCUUGAGCACAUCUGUGCUGACCAUUUUUAUGAUAAUGAAAUUUGAUAUGUUGCGGUCACUGUAUUGUGGCCAAUCAAAAUCUGCCAGGCUCUGUCUUUUUUCCUCAACCUUCCAAUCACUGCUUAGCAACAUUAUUAUCCACAGUUGCUUCAGUACAUAAUCAGCACCUGUCUUGUUUGUAACUGGCAUUAGGACACCAAGGUCCUCGUAGGUUUCGUAAGGGUUUCAAGAGAUUCAGUGCAGACAAAAGUGGCGUAACUACCCACUGAGUGGGGACUGGUUCUCAGCUGACCGCAGAACAGCUGUGGUUUGGCCCUAGACUUGACUGCCCGUUGGUAUAACACUCAUAUUCAGCAGUUCGUUUAUUUACUAUUAGAAGUAUGUUACAUUUCUGCAAAAUUUUGAUCCUAGAUAUGGCCCUAUAUACAUUUACUUGCAAAAUUCAGCUACUGCCCACUGGCUUCUAUUAUGACUGAGUUGUAUUAAGUGUAUUUUUUCAUGUCCAGGGAAACAUGCUGAAAUUAUUGUCUCUGCUAAAUGACCACAUGAUACAGAUGCAGCAGGUAGAGAUUAGGUUGAAAAAUGUUUUAUACACACUUAAAGACGGUUCUUCAAGGGUUCUUUAGUAAAGAAAAUGGUUCUAUAUAGGACCAUGAACACUUAAAGAACCCUUUGCAUAA